UGGUCCUGACAGCUCUCCACUUCAAUAUAACUGCAAUGGGGGAAAAAAAUGAUUAAGCUUUGGUGCAGAUAAAAAAAAUGAUUUUAAACAUGCAAAGCAUACUGGAGAAUUCUGAACCUGAAUCCACGCUAUAGAAUUGAUUGUAACGAACUUAUUCGUGUGUCUUAAAAGAAACCUUCACAGGUAACAUUUUCUAUUGGUAGAAUUCAGCAUGGCUGUGGUCAUCCGCUUGCAGGGGCUCCCAGUUUCUGCAGGAACCUUGGAUAUUCGUCACUUCUUCUCUAGAUUAACCAUUCCUGAUGGAGGGGUGCAUAUAAUUGGUGGUGAACUGGGAGAGGCAUUCAUUGUAUUUGCUACGGAUGAAGAUGCACGGCUUGCUUUGAUGAGAUCGGGUGAAUUUCUUAAAGGGAGUAGAACAAAACUAACAUUAAGUAGCAGAAACGAAAUGCAGAGUACAAUUGAGAUGAGUCGUAAGAGAUAUGCACGUUCCAGUGGAGAAACAUCCGGUUACGGAAGGUCGGGAUUCAGCAGUUCUGGCACAGGUGGCUUAGGUAGUAUGUCUUCUACGCUAGCUGAAAACUUAGUUGCAGCAAUGCAACAUGAAAUUAAUAGGGAUGCGUUUCAUCCUGGUGAAAUUGGGAGUUCUGAUAUGAACAGCUAUGGCUCUCGUAUGGAUCCUAUGAUGAGUGGGAAUAUGGCAACAAUGGCUUUAUCUUCUCCGCAGAACAUUCCAGUUGCUCCUAGUUCCUCAAUGUCUGCGUUAUUUGGAAUGACAUCUGGAGCAAUGAGUGAUAGUUUGGAUAAAUUUAAUGGCUCUGGGUCAGUGGAUCCUUUUGCAGUUUCAGUGUAUAAUCAAAGGAGAGAACAAGGAGCUUUUCAUUCUGAUGAUGUUUAUUUGCAUCUGCAAGGCAUGCCAUAUUCUGCUGGAGAGCUGCAAGUAAGAGAAUUCUUCCAUGGUUUACAAGUGGAAGCAGUUCGUCUACAAAAGGAUUACCGGGGUAUGAACAAUGGAGAGUGUUUUGUACGGUUUGCCAGUUCUUGGGAUGCAGCUGAGGGACUGAAGCGUCAUAAAAAAUACAUGGGGCAAAGAUUUGUAGAGGUGUAUCGAGCUACAGAACUAGAGUGGAUUUCUGGGGGAUCUGAUUUGUUUAUAGAUGAUAGACAUUUGGAUCUAAACCGACACAAUCGAGGUCGUUCCCCUCAUCGUGAAGAUAAACAUUUCCAUUCUCAAACUCGAUCAAGGUCACCUCGAAGGCACAGGUCACGAUCUUAUUCCCCUCAAGAUCAAGAUUAUUGGAUGCAGUUAAAAAAUAUACCGUAUAGUAUCUUAAAAAAAGAUAUACGAAAUUUCUUUGAUGAACUAAAUAUCACAGAUGACCAGAUUUACCUUGUAGAAGAUCCUCAUGGUAAAAAUACUAAUGAAUGCUUUGUGAAGUUUAGAAAUGAUUCUGAGAUUCGUAAAGCUUUAAGAUACCAUAAGACAUACAUUGCAAACCGUGCAGUUUAUCUGUAUCCUGUUGCUAAAAAAGCUGUGUUAGAGUUGAUGGACGCUGUUAAGAAACAAAGAUCAAGAGAAAAAUCUGCCUAUAGAAAUGAAGAAAAAAAGUACCAGUCAAGAGAAGGAGCACAUUCCCCAAGAUUGUAUAUUUAUGCUCGUAAUCUACCAUUUGAUAUCUCCAAAUCUGAGAUCCAUAAAUUCUUUGAGGGAUUUGGUGUGGCUGAACAUGGGAUCCGAAUACUUGUUGAUAGUAAUGGCAUUGGACUAGGGGAGGCUCUAGUCAAGUUCAAAUCUGAAGAUGAAGUACUAAGGGCUGAGCGCUUAUAUGGUAAAAAGCUUGGAGGAAGAGAAGUUGUACUGAAGGUGGUUACUUCAGAAGAGGUGUUUGAACUUGGUAACGCUUCUAUGCAUGAAAGAGCCAAAGGUCAAAAGGAAAGUGACUACUUUGGUUCAUAUGGUGGUGGUGGUGGUGGUGGUGAUCACCCAUUAUCUCAUGAUAUGCAUGAAUUAUCUAAGCCUUUCUUUGAACCUUAUGGUAAUUUGGAUUCUGUAUCCUCCAUGCAAGGACCAAUGUAUGGCAGAGAAGAAGGAACUUAUGGAGGGUUUAACACUGGAAACAGCAAUUUUGAUGACUGUAGUGGAGGGGGAUUAGGAUCGCAAUUUGAUUCAGGCUACCGAGGUCGUACUGGAGUUGCCAGUGGCAUGGCUGUUGUGAAGGCUUUCAACCUGCCUUUCAAAAUCUCAGUUGAUGAAAUACUGGACUUCUUCUAUGGCUAUCGUGUUAUUCAAGAGUCUGUCAUUGUACGGUACAAUAAGAGGGGGUUUCCUGCAGGCGACGCAAUAAUUACAUUUGAAACUGUUGAUGAAGCAAUGGCUGCUGUUCGUGAACUGAAUGAUAAACCAAUUGGAAAAAGAAAUAUCAAACUAAGUUUGCUCUAAGUACAGUGGAACCUAUGCUGUUAUUUUAAACAAACAAAUUUUAGAUUCUCUGAAGUAAAAGUUAGUUGCUGUCUGACCACUGGUUCCACCAAAUGGAAUAAAUAAAUAAAUUGAGUUGUUGUCUUUUGUGAUUUUCAGGCAAACAUCACUCCUGUUGAAAUUUUUUUCAUUUAUGUUGCCAGAAAAUAGUUGGUUCUAGUUUACUGCUUUGGGAUAUAUUACAUUCUGUCUUGACUCAAUUGAUAUAGUUUACAAGAAUACAUUCUAAUUUUGUUCAGUGUCUUGAUUUUGAUAGGGUUUGAAAGUUAAGAGCUGUUGCUGUCUAGAUGGUUUGGAAGUAAACUUGAAUAGUUGAACUUCAGCAUGAAGAAGUUCUGAAUUGCUUUUAUUUUUCACUGUAAAAGGAUGAUUGAAUGAAACAUUUUAAAUGGCUCAACAUCCUGUAUAAUAAUUGUGUAACUUUGUUAACGGUGAUUUUUUUUUCCCACUUACCCGAAUUCUACUUGAGGCAAGUUAUGGACAUGGGAUAACUUAGUCUAUGUUUUGGACAUAGUGAUAUGCACAUUUAAAAUAAGCAGAAAUCGGCUUAAAAGUGUAUCAUUGUUUCAAAAAAUAAAACCAAUCCCAGAUCUGUAGGUUGAAGAACUAUUAGACCAGAGAAUAAAAUUACUAAUAUAACUUUUAAUUUUGAUGUUAUUUGUCCCUUAUGUAAGUGUCAACUGAAGAAACAUUUUCUUAGAAGGUUAUUAAACAUUUCUAAAUAAGCUACAACCUACCUGAUGCUUUAACAGUGAAUGUUUAUUUCUGUUUUGUCAACUGAGGCUAUUCAUUUACAGAAAGAUUUUCCUUAUCCAAUUGUGACUUAAUUCCAUCUGUUAAAAACAUAGGAAGUUAUUUACAGAUCUCCAUUUUAAAGUUUUGGAAUAUGACAGUGCAAUACCAUAAAAAUUUCAAUGCAUAUAUGGUCCAAGUAUUCAUUCUCUUUAAAUGUACAGGAUUUGACCAAUUCAGUCCUUGUCAGAAUGAUACUAAGAAUUUAUUUUUUGCAU